ACAGGAAAAUUCUAAUUCAAUGUAGCUCUCACUCUCUCUCAGUCGCUUCUGCUCCAGAGCUCCAAGCCGUCAAAAGACUACAUCAGACCAUCACUCCUCCACAUCGAAGUGGAAUUCGUGGAAUGAAGUUUCGAACUUCUCGAAUUGUUGACAGUCUAAAGGGUGUAUCUGCGGUUUGAUCGGACAACAUGGCGUGGGAGCUGCUACUCUGGUUAAUCUCUUUCUUUGUCUCUAUAGCCCUCCUCGCACUGGUCAUUUACCAGCUUAUUUGCUUGUCAGAUUUGGAAUUUGAUGCCUUGAACCCUUAUGAUACAUCAUCUCGGAUUAAUUUAGUGGUUAUCCCAGAAUUUGUGAUGCAAGGAGCGCUAUGUACACUUUUCCUCCUGACGUGGCACUGGUUCUUGUUCCUGAUAACAGUGCCUGUGACUUUCUAUCAUGUAAGAUUGUAUUUGAGACGGAAGCAUCUUUUGGAUGUCACUGAAAUCUUCCGUUUAGUUAAUGAAGAGAAGAAGUAUCGAAUGGUCAAGCUUGGUUUUUAUCUGGUUCUAUUCUUCAUAGUCAUAUACAGGCUUGUGGUGGUUGCUGUUACCUUACUUAUUGAUGAAGAUGUGGAUAUGCAUGAAUCUUACACAUUUUGAUUACCCAUUGCCUGAAGGUGUACUGUCCAUUCACGGUUGCCUUUCUGUUUAUCUUCUUCUUGGUCUAUAGAGAUUUUUAGGCAUUUUGACAAAUUUGGAGAUCUGUUAGUUUUCAACUUCUCAUUGGUUGAAUCACAGAUUUAACAAGUGGACAAGCAUCUGGAUCAAACUAGAAAGUGGAGUAAAUUGAUUGGAGAAGUGUUCUUGUAGCAUUGCAUCGAUGUACUUGUAUGGAGAACUAGUUUCUUUUUUGUUUGGUAGAACUAUAAUGUCCUUUUCUUUUUCCUGUUUCAUUUAAUCCAAUUGCUCUUGCUGCUUUUCCAUUCAUGUCUUUUGAUUUACUUCCCCAUUGAAUUGAAUGGAAAAAUGGUUAAAGAGCAUCAGUC